AUGGCGCAAACCGUCGGUGCCGAUAGCCUAGUUGACAUGGCCCGUCGAGCCUGCACUCGUUUCGGCGCAAGAAUCACAGAUAUCGGCGAUCUGAGAUAUGAGUUAAUCCGACCAAUGCUACUUCGAGUCGAAAGUCCCGAGAAAUUGUACCAACUUGAACAGAACUCCCCUCAGAUCAUCGGCAGAGACGGAGAGAUCUGGUUGAGUUUCAUCAGACGCGACAUUCCAGACUGGGAACAAAAGCGUCACGAACCCAAAGAUCCCAAGAAUUGGUACAAGGUCUACCGUAAGCUGAAGAAGGAAGCAGAGGAGAAUGCCAUCGCCGAUGAGGCAGUACUAAAGGCAGCACUGGCCAACAUCAAUAAUGAGAAGGAGCAGAAUGUCGCUCAAAUGUCAACCAGAACUAUUCUUCAUCAAGAGCCAGGGCGAAGAGCAAGGAUAUAUCACAAUUAUGUCAGUGGAAAGACUGGGAGCAAAGGUGCCAGCAAGAUGACACUGAUGGAGAAGAUUCGGAAAGAGGCCAGAGACUCCAGAUCAUCGAAGAUGAACAAACCCAUGCACGAGCUGAAGAAGCGGUCGACCACUGUUGCGAGGCCUCCAAUGCAGUUCGUGGAAGAUUUGAAGAAACGGCCGACACCGAUUCCACAAAUGUCUCCACCGCGCAAGGUACAACCAAGGGCCCCUCGACCACCAAUGCACGGACGCAGACCAAUUGAACCACCUACCGGUGCACCUUAUGAUCUCACUGUCGAUCGAGAAGCAAGGUUGCGUGCACUCAAGAACGGGACUUUGAAUCCAACGGAAAGCAAAGGGGAUAAAGCAAGCGGAGACUUGACGGCAGACUUCCUGGAGGAUUCUGAUGACGAUGCUCCUCAAAAAGGCAAACCGUCAUCUGGAUUGCUGAACGUAUUGAAUGAUCUCGACCGGCCUCGAUCGGCCAGUCCAAUGAAGCUGACACCACAACCACUCACCUUGAAGAGAAAACAGCCACCCUCACUAUUUGUUGCAGCGCCAAAGAGGGUUGCGAGGAAACCAGGCAUAUUUUAG